CUGCCGUUGAGUAUUUUACACGAUUGCUUUUAUGUUAUUUACACUUGUUUAAAUACACACAAAGCGUUGUUUUACUUAAAAAUAAACUCUUGAAGUCUUUAGUGAUAAAUUGAAUAGUUUUUAGACAGUGGCCGAGUUUUUUGUGUGAAGAAAUUGUGUUUUAACUGUUAGUAGGACGAACGUUUUGAUAUGAGUUCUCCACUCGCUGUUUUUGGCACUGUAGCUGCCGUAGGUUUGGGAGUGGUAAUGCUGCUUGUGGAUAUGGCUAUAAAAUAUAACAGAAAUUCGAAGCGUCGUAACCGUGAGCACCGUCAGCAAAGGCCUUCCAGUCCAGUGCAGAGUGAAAGGGUUGCUAGGACACCGGAGGACGAUAACUCAAGAAUUGUUCCUCUUAACCGUGAGUACCAUCAGGAAAGGCCUUCCAGUCCAGUACGGAUUGAAAGAGUUGCUGAGACACUGGAGGACGAUAACUCGAGAAUUGUUCCUCUUAACCGUGAGUACCAUCAGGAAAGGCCUUCCAGUCCAGUACGGAUUGAAAGAGUUGCUGAGACACUGGAGGACGAUAACUCGAGACGUGAAAUUGAGGCUCUUCUAAACAUUAUUCGUAAUAGAUCUAGAAGUGAGGACUGCGUAUGCUGUGAUCUUUGUCUCUCACUCCAUCCUUGCACUCUGAAUAGAGUUUGCAAUCACAUUUAUCAUUCGAGUUGUAUUUCUGCAGCUAUUGAGGCAAAUUCUUUAAUUUGUCGAGCUUGUGGGGACAACUUUACGCCAGAUGAUUUGGCAAAUCAGGAACACAUGGAAAUGCAACUUUUGUAUAGAAUUUAAUUAGGGAUAUAUAUAAUAGAAUAUUUGUUAAAGAUAUAUCUUUUGUUCUAUGCAGAGUUGCGAGGGAAUUUUCUUUAUAGACAUAUAGUUUGUAAGAGAUGGAUUUUAAUAUGGACAUUAUAUUAUGGGGAUUUCUAAGGUAUGUGUUAUUAUUAUUUUAUAUGUUUAUAAAUGCAAAAAUUGAAUUGAUUGGUUAUUAGUGAAAGCGAGAGCUUUAUUUACGAACAGUGGAAUAUUUUUUUUUCAUGAGUAAACAUAAUUAUUCUCUAAA